CCGCUCUUUCCUCCCAUUAUAUUACACCACAUGCUCUUCUCAUAAAAAAUCUCUCCUCUCUUAUUCUCUACCAACAAAAAAAAAAAAAACUUUAUAUUAUACAAUUUUUCUCUCUUUAUUAACUUAUUAAAACUCUCAGUUUCUUGUUUUUCAUCUUCUUCAUCCUCUGCUUUAAAUUUUGCAUGUUAACUUUUUCAAGAAUCCCUUUUGUCCUUCUAGUCAAAACAACAACAAACAAGUAGAUAAAUCAAAAGUUUUUAUAUUUUUAGACACCCUUUUGUUCAAUCUUUAAUGGGUUGUUCUUCAAAUGGUUAAUCAAGUUUGAUUUUUUUUUUUACUGGGAUUUGGUUGUUUUUAGGAUUUUCUUGAAAAAAAAAGGAGUUUUUGAGUUUUUUUUUGUUUUUAUAGAAUGGCUCCAGAUAACAACAACUGGUUAUCAUUUUCUUUGUCUUCUAUGGAAAUGUUGAACUCUACUUCUUCUCAUCAUCAUCAUCAUCAGAGUAAUAAUAAUAAUAAUAAUUCUUCUAUGCUUCAUCAUCAUCAUCAUCAUCAUCAAUCCAACAUGAAAUUUGAUCUUGCUUCUUCUCCUGCUGAUUCUCAUCAGUACUACUUUGCUGAUAACUUCUUUCCUCAUGGUUGGUCUAAUCCGAAACCUCAAGUGAUGUAUUCAGAAGCUGAAAAGGAGGUGAUAGGAUUAAACAUCAAUACAGAUUCUUCGAUUUUUCAGAACUUUGUUGAACAUCCACCACCAAAGCUUGAGGAUUUUCUCGGUGGUGAUUCGUCUUCACUGACUCAAGAUUCGUCUUCGUUAACUCAUAUCUAUGAAAAUCCAAAUGGGUCUGCUGCUACUGCUGUUUAUAAUAACUAUAAUGAACAUCAAGAUUUCAAGAACAUUACUGGGUUUCAAGCUUUUUCGACUAAUUCGGGUUCGGAAGUUGAUAACUCAGUUGGUACUGAGUUUGGCACUAAUGAGUCAUGUAAUGAUUUGGGUUAUUCACAAUGUGUAGCUGCUGCUGCUGCUCCUCCUCUGCUGCCUACGGGCGGCGGAGGUGGAGCUUUGUCGUUAGCAGUUAAUGCUGCUACGACUACUACUAAUCAGUGUUCGGGAAAUGAAAAGGCGAUUGUUGCUGUUGCUGAUUCUCAGAGUUGUAAGAAAAUUUCUGAUACUUUUGGGCAAAGAACUUCAAUCUACAGAGGUGUAACAAGACAUAGAUGGACAGGAAGAUAUGAAGCUCAUCUAUGGGAUAACAGCUGUAGGAGAGAAGGCCAAGCUAGAAAAGGGCGUCAAGUGUACUUAGGUGGAUAUGACAAAGAAGAUAAAGCAGCAAGGGCAUAUGACUUGGCAGCUCUAAAGUAUUGGGGUCCCACAGCUACCACCAACUUCCCUGUUACUAAUUAUACUAAAGAAUUGGAGGAAAUGAAACACAUGACUAAGCAAGAAUUCAUUGCCUCUCUAAGAAGGAAAAGUAGUGGUUUCUCCCGAGGAGCUUCGAUCUACCGGGGUGUGACAAGGCAUCAUCAACAAGGCCGCUGGCAAGCGAGAAUUGGCCGAGUUGCUGGAAACAAGGAUCUUUACCUAGGAACAUUUGCUACUGAGGAGGAAGCAGCGGAAGCGUAUGACAUAGCAGCCAUAAAGUUCAGGGGAGUGAAUGCAGUGACCAACUUUGAGAUGAAUCGUUAUGAUGUCGAGGCCAUCAUGCAAAGCUCUCUCCCCGUUGGUGGAACCGCUAAGCGUUUGAAGCUCUCCCUUGAAUCCGAGCAGAAAUCAUCAUCGAGCAAUAACAACCACCAGCAGCAGCAGCAGUUGACUCAAUGCAACAGCACCAACAACAUCAAUUUCGGGGCAAUGCCACCCGUCUCUGCUAUUCCCUGUGGAGUGCCAUUCGAUAACACCACCCCUGCUUUCUAUCACCACAACUUCUUCCAGUACCUCCACCCCGGCAAUGCAAGUGUCCCCGAUGCCUCCAAUGCAGCUGCAAUGCCGUUGCUGCCCUCGGCUGCUGACCUCUUCAUCUGGCCUCACCAAUCCUAUUGACCAACCUCAAAAUGAUACAAUAGCUAGGCUAGCUAGUUUUUACUGAUUAGCGAAACUCGACUCUUGGUAAUGUGUUAGAUCGUCUAUUGUUUUUCGUACUGACCUCUUCUCUCUGACCCGUGAUAACGUUUUAGUGUAGCGUUUAACUGGUAUCCGGUAUCGACAGGUUCAAUGUUGUAAAGUG